AUGAGCGCAUGUCUUGUUGGAAGCUGGGCUAAGAUUCCGAAUGGAGAAGAUGGUCAUGAAAUGGCAGAAAACAUUUUCCUGAACAGGAAUAACAUCGCAUUGCUUCCAGUAGAAAAGAAUUACCUCUCUGAUUUUCGUGAAAAACACCCGGAGGUCAAAGCAGCCCUUGUCGAUGGAAUUGAGUACUUCGAUGAUCAAUAUUUUGGUACAGGAGAGUCGGAAGCCAUCUGCAUGGAUCCUCAGCAAAGAAUGUUGAUGCAAGGAGUUAUAAAAGGAUUGGAAAAUGCUGGAAUCACUCUUGAGAUGGCGUCUGAAGCGCGUGUCGCCGUCUACACUGCAGCGUGGUGCUAUGACUACAAAGACUUGCUCCCACCUGAUCAGUACAUGGCAACAGGAAAUUCGGCUAGUGUUAUGUGUGGGAGAAUCACCUACUUUCUGAAUUCGCGCGGAGCCGCCGUGGGAAUCGAAACUGCUUGCUCGUCUUCUCUCGUUGCUUUUCACCUUGCACGACAAGCAAUUCAAUCUGGAGAAACCAAGCUAGCGCUUGUCUGCGGAGCUAACCAUGUUGGUUCAAGAUCGUUUCACUCUCUCUACAACUCCCAUAUGGUUUCACCAAACGGUCGUCUUGCUGCGUUCGAUCGUUCUGCAAAUGGAUUUGUUAGAGCAGAAUCGUUUGCUGUGGCUGUUUUGUGCUCGAAACAGUUUGCCGAAGAAAAUAAUUUGCUCAUUCAUUGUGAAUGUGUUGGCUCAGCUUUUAAUAGUGACGGAAAAACACCGUCUUUAACCGCACCAAACCCGAUUUCGCAAUAUGAGGUUCAACUGGAAGCAUUAAAAAAUAUUGACAAGGAUAGCGUUCAACUAGUAACAUGUCACGGAACUGGAACCAAGCUUGGCGAUCAGGUAGAGCUUACAGCCAUCAAUAGAUCUUUCAAAUCGGAUAUUCGCGUGAUGAGUCCAAAAAGUUCAAUGGGUCAUGGAGAAGGAGCCGCUGGACUGAUUGGUGUGCUUCAAUCUCUUUAUUCAAUGCAGCACGGCAUAAUACCGAACCAGCUUCACCUUGAAUUGCCUUCGGAAGAUCUGGGAGAGGACAAAUCAAUGGGAUUUGUGAAUGAGGAAAUGGAGUUGAAUAGAGUUGCAAUUAGUUCUUACGGCUUCGGAGGAACAAAUGCAUGUGCUAUCAUUGAAAAACCAGAGAAACCUAGCCUUGUGCAAAAAGAGUCAUAUGCAGAGUCGAAUGUACUUUUCUUGUCUGCCAAGAGUCACGAAUCGCUGAAACUACAAAUCGAAGAGUACACACAAUUUAUGGCUCAAUCCGACUCUGCGAUGGAGGAUAUUUUGUAUACAGUCAAUGAGAGAAAAACAAAGUACGAUUUCCGUGCUGCAGUAUUUGGAAAGGACAACGAGGAAAUCGCCAGAAAACUGCAAGACGGAGAUUAUUCCCUAACAAAUCUCCAAGAAAGCACUUUCGAAGUAGAAUUUGGAGAGGGAAAUGAGAAGCUAUGGCUGCUCAGAAUGCUUUAUGAGAAAAACGAGACAUUCCAUUCCACAGUGGAUAAAUAUUGCAAGUUAGCAGAAACAUGCGGCUUUCCUGAAGCAAGAACAGCGCUUUUCUUUCCUUUCAAGCUCACUCUCACUCCACUCACUUACAAUGUUUCUCGUCUCAUAUCAAGUAUGGCUACAUUCGAGCUUCUUGUUCAGUAUAACACACUACCGAACAAACUGCGCGGAAAGGGGCUUGGCCAGAUUUUCUGUCUCGCGGUCGCCAAAGUAAUCACUUUUGAAAGUGCAGUUCAGCUUAUCAAAGGAGUCGUUGCGGAGGCUAAUCUGACUGAUAUUUUGGGGGAUAUUGAAUUGAAAUCUUCAAAAAUUCCAAUUGAAAUCCAACAUUUGAAGAGUACAAAGAAGAAAAUCCUUCCAAUUCAUAUAUCCGGAGAGCUAAAAGAGACUGCAAAGCCAAACCUUAUGACGUUUAUUGUGAAUGGAGAGGAAAUAUUGGAGCUAGAUCCUGUCAGAAAGGUUCAAAAACUGAUCUGCCAGCUAUUUGCUUGUGGGUUUGACCCAGCUGUCAAAUUCCGAGGAAGAAUCGUCAAAACUCCGACGUAUUCUUUCCUGAAGAGACAGUUUUGGCCAGAAGUCCAAACUGCAAUGACCACGAACAUUGUUGACGAGCAGACUAACAGCAGUCUUUCUGAUGCGGAAAUUGAGUCAACUGUUAGAACAAUUGUGAAACAGUUUUUGGAUAUCGAGGAAGACGAUAUUAAUUUACUUGAAACUGGAGCUGUGGAUUCUUUAACAUCAAUCGAAAUGGUUGAAGCAUUCGGAACUGCUGUCAAUCAAACAAUGCCUUUUGAUUUGCUCGAAGCUUAUCCGACAAUUCUGAACAUUGUUGAUUUUUUGAAAACUUUAGUAACGACUGUUCCAGUUACUAAAGCAACAACUUCGAUCCACAAGAAAACAUCCGAAUUAUCAACAUCUGAUAUCAAUGUAAUUGCAUGUGACUACCAAUUUGCUGGCGUGGAAGGAGAGAAAGAGCUCUGGGAUACAUUACUCACUUCCCGCCUGACGACUGGAAAGAUUUCUGAUAUUAGGAAAAAACAAUGUGAAGGAGAUGCUGGCUUGGAAGUUGGACUACUGAAACAAGAUAUUUCAAUGUUUGAUAAUUCAUUCUUUGCAAUUGCAAAAGAUGAAGCCGAAUUCUUAGAUCCUCAACACCGCUUGCUGCUUAACGCGGCGUACAAUGCAUUAGAGAAAUCGGGUUUAACGUCUAUUCCGGAUGCUGACUUGUUUUUAGCAAUCAGUGCUCACUCUGAAUACCGAGCAUUAGCCGAGAAGCAUAUAAACGAGCUUGACGAACGACUCUGGAUGGGCACUGUUCAUAGUAUGGUUGCUGGAAGACUUGCAGUGCUGAUGGGAAUUCGUGGUCGAGCUAUGAUAGUUGACACAACCUGUUCUUCGGUGGCAACUGCUCUUGAAAUGGCUGUGAAAUCAAUUAGAGAAGGUAGAAAGUUUGCCAUUGUCGCAACCAGCCAACUUAUCCAAUCUUCGAAAUGGUUGUAUUCUUUGAAAACAUUGUUAGACCAUCACAGCACAAAUUCUUUCUCGGUCGACGGAUCUGGGUUCUGUCGUUCAGAUGGUGUAGGCGUCAUAAUCCUAAAAACUGCUGAGAAAGGCGAUUCAGCUGUAAUCAAAAUUUCUAGUGCAAAAAGUCAUCAUUGUGGAGCGGUGAUGACUCCGGUGGUGAGCUCUAUUUCUCAGCUCCUCGAAGAAGCUGGCUCAUUUUCAUAUGUAGAAGGUCAUGGAACUGCCACUAGUGCGGGUGAUAGUGCGGAAUCAAUGGCUUAUCAAAAACUAGGAUCAGAGUUAAUCAUGUCGUCUGUAAAAGCGCAAUUCGGUCACUGUGAGGUAGCAUCAGGAUUGAUCCAACUCAUGAAGGUAUCUUCAAUUGGCAAGCAUGGAAUUAUUCCUUCAAUUGUUCAUAACAUCCUUCCAAGUGAACAUAUCAGAAACAACGAAAACAUUCGUCUCCCAUUUGUUGCCGAGGAGAAGCAGAUUGAUCGUUCAGCAAUUGUUUCAUUUGGAAUAACUGGAACCAAAACAGUAGUGACAACUGAACGCGUCAGCCAACUAAACGUGGACAAUAUUCAAAAUUGCUAUCUACUCCCGGUCAGCGCAAAAACAAAAGAUGGCCUGAAGAAGGCGUGCUUGUCAUUAAUUGAAAUGAUAGAUAAUAGUUGUGAAAGCCUAUAUGAUAUUUCAACAACACUUCAAAAACAGAAAACAAAUUUCAAAUGGAGGACAGCGGUUGUCGGGUCUAGCCACGCGGAUGUGGUGCUUAAAUUGAAACAAUUCCUGACCAGUGAACAUAAUACUAGUCUCACUAACUGGCAUAUUUCUACAUCACACCAUUCCAUUGGAUGCUCAACCUUUUUCCACAACAUCCCCGAAUUUGAAGAUCAUUAUUCCAUGUUUUGUCAUCGUCUCCGUUUUGAACCUCACUCUAACACAAACUCCAUCUAUCACUUGUUAGCAGUGGUUUAUGCACUAAUCAGAGUUAUAUUAAAGCACAAACUGACGAACUCUUUUGCAGUUGGUGGUUUCAAUAGCUUAAUCGUAUUGGCUGCUGUAGAUGCAGCUCCGUCUCACUACCUCAACGAUCUGCUUCACGCUUUUGCUAACGAUGAUGUGAGAAUGAUGAAGCGAAUUGCAAGAGAUGUCACUAUCAGUAUUGAAAACGUUAAACUGUUGAAUUUAAAUGGAGAACCUAUUACAACCGCAAGACAAGCUGUUGAAGCGACAAUCGACCAGAAAGUUAAAAACGUUAGACUUCCAGAAACUACAUUAAUAUUGUCUCCGAGUCGAGCAUAUGAGUUUGCUAGUCAACUAGAAACGAUCCAGGACUAUUAUAAACUGAUUGGAGAAAAAUUCACACAAGGUGGACAAGUAGAUUUUGCUGGCAUAUUUGGCACUCCAAUAAAACUGAUUGAUCUCCCUGAAUAUCCAUUCAAUAGAAAAUCAUUCUGGCUUCCGAUACCUGAUUCUGUUCCAUCAAAUGAAAAAGGAGAAAAACCGCUUAUACCAAAGUCUUAUGAAUUCCUUCUAAAGUCUCAAAAAUGGCAACAUGUUCAAAAUCACGUUGUCGACUCAAAAAUCGUUCUUCCCGGAGCAACAUCUAUUAGACUGGUGCAUCAGCUCAAUGGAAAGCCUACAGUAGAAUUGAGUAACAUUGACUUUUUGAACAAAAUCACGCCGUCUGAAGCGCCGAGUGUAGUGAAGAUAGAGGAGCAGGAUGGUUUGGAAAAACUUGUUUUUGGAGAAACUGAUGCAAUUAGUUUCAAAUUGACGGAGCUUCAGAAUUUCAAUCCUAUUCCCAACGAGCGAUUAAAUGCGGAAGUUCAUCACACCGAUAAUAUUUACGAACGGUUUGCCAACAGCCAUCUCACAUACCGGAACGAGUUCCAAAUGGUUGACUCUUUGAAAUACACAAUGGGAAAAGGAGAAGUAAGAUUUGUUUCAAUGAAGGAUCUAGAUAUUCUUAUCGAUGGCACGCUUCAAGCUAUUGUCGGGUGUUAUUUCUUCGAAAAUACCAAUGACAAUUCUCCAUUUGUUCCAUUUACUAUUGAUCAACUCUCGAUUCUCAAUGGUGACAUAUCACAAAAACAAUUACAUGCAGUUCUGAAGUAUGAUUCAUCCGGAAAUUUUAUAAAUGGCGAUGCUACGGUAUAUGAUGCACUCGGAAAUAUAAUUUUGCACAUAUCAAAUGUUACAUUCAAACGGCUCAAUGGACAAUCAGCUCCUUCACUGACUUCUAAAACAGUUGAUUCAUCGAAAAUUACAAAGAAAGUCGAAAAUGAAGAUCAAAAACGUGCAUCGAAGAACAUGCUACAUGUGUGGUUUGAAGAAAACUUUGGAUGGACCGAUAUUGACAAUACUACCGGCUUUUUUGAUCUGGGAUUAACGUCUAUACAAGCUGUGAAACUGAGAAAUGCAAUUAAAUCAAACUAUCCAAAUGCUUCAUCAACGUGUGUAUUUGACUAUCCCAGCAUUGAUCUUCUCUCCGGAUAUCUUUCAACAUUGAAUGAUCCACAAGUAACAGAAACAUCUACUGGAGAAGAUGAUAUUCAGAAAGAUUUGACGGAAGAUCAUAAGCCAACUCGUCUAGCUGAAAAUCCUAUUGGUGUUAUGGCAGCUGCUUGUCGUCUACCUGGAGGAGUGUCAUCACCAUCAGAACUUUGGGAGUUGCUGAAAAUUGGAAAGAAUGCUUCUUCAAGAAUACCUGCCACCAGAGUACCAACAAGAAAUACUUUGAUAUCAGGCUCAAAAUAUGGAAAUCCUGUGGAAGGAGGAAACUUCAUUACCCAAGAUGUCACUCAGUUCGACCCCUCAUUUUUCAAAAUUUCAAAAAGUGAAGCAGAAUUGAUUGACCCACAACAAAGAUUGCUGCUGGAAUGUGUUCAAGAAUGCUUGGAAAACAGCGGUGUUAUUGAAACGAGCAACGUUGGAGUGUUUGUAGGAUUGAUGGAAAAAGAGUAUCAGGAUAUGAUGGAGUCAUCUUCAAUUUUGGCAAUGUUGGGCUCAAUGGCAGCUGUGAUUGCAGGGCGUGUGAAUUACAUUUUUGGUUGUUAUGGACCAUCUGUUACAAUUGACACCGCCUGCAGUUCUUCAUUAGUGGCUCUGGAGAUGGCAAUCAAUGCUCUUCUCGACAACCGAUGUUCAAAAGUCAUUGUUGCUGGUGUGAAUUUAAUCUUAAAUGAGAAAGGACAAGGGCUGCGUACAAACGGGAAAAUGCUAUCCCAACACGGAAUGUCACUGAGUUUCGACUCUCGUGCAUCUGGUUAUGGACGAUCCGACGGUUGUGUUGUUUUGAUGUUAGAGCUCGCAAAACCCAAUUUCCAUUACAUGUCAACCAUCCAAUCUGUAAACGUUAAUCAUGGCGGUAGAAGUGUUUCACUUACUGCUCCAAAUGGUGUUGCUCACAAAAUGCUCCUCACUUCGGUUAUCAACCAAAGCCCAUCACUUGCUAUUGAUUAUUGGGAAGCUCACGGAACAGGCACCCCUCUGGGCGAUCCAAUCGAAUUCAAUACAUUAUCUUCUAUUCUACAAAACAUCAUUAUCGGAUCCGUAAAGGCAUCAUUAGGCCAUGGCGAAGCAUCGGCUGGCACCUGCGGGUUACUGAAACUAUUUUUGAUGCUAACAUAUCAAUAUGUUCCAACUCUUAUUCACUUCCAUGUGCUUAAUAAGGAUAUCAAUGCUGGAAGCAUUCGUCUCCCUAUCAUUGGAGAAGAUUCCGAACUCGUCUCUGCUGGUAUUAGUUCUUUUGGGGUCAGUGGAACUAACGCGGCGGCAAUUGCUUUUAAUGAUAAUAACAAAUUGGAGCCAUACAUUCCAAUUCACAAAUACUACAUUCUUCCAAUAUCUGCCAAAAAUCAAAUUUCUCUUGACAAUUUAGAGAAACAAAUUUUGUCGGUGAUCCCACUGACAGAUGUUCCGAUCUGCAAUAUUGCUAGCGCAUUGGCCAACAACCGAUCUCAUUUCACAAUAAGAAAUGCACUGAUUGUUUCCAACUCUGGCAUUGUCAAUUCAAAAAUGGAAGGUAAACCACAUCGAGUUGCGAAGAAGGACAGAUAUCAUGUGAAACUUUGUGAUUCGCUCUUGGAUGCAAGUCUGCUGCAAUACGACGUUAUCAAUGAAACCUACACAGUUGCGUCGUUGAAAAACCCACAAUCAUUUGCUAUGAAAUUUGCGAUAAUCAAAUUUUUGACUUCUCUUUCCGAGUAUAUAGAGAUAGUGGCAUCAGAUGGAGAAGAGCUUCUAGCUGUAUUACUGGCAAAUGGCUCUCUGAAAUGGGAAAACUUUAACAAAACCAUGAUAGAACUACCAAUUGGAAGUUUGCUAACUGAGUUCGCUGAUCAUGAUUUGAAUAGUACUACGUCAUCAUCGAUCAAAUCUUAUCAAACACAACCAGAAUCACAUAACCUUGAUAGUCCUAUGGAGCUAAUGAAAUUGAUUAUGAAACUUUACAUCACUGGAUAUGAUGUGGACUGGGCAACUGUAUAUUCCCCAGUAGAACAGUUUAUUGCUCUUCCGAACUACCAAUUCAAUAAGCAAACUCUGUGGUUUGAAGAGCGUUUAGAAAUAGUUGAUCACUACCUUAUCGGGACUAUUGAUGAGGAAUCUGAAGAUACGCUCAUUUUGAAAAAUCAAAUAUCCGAGUUAAGACACCCACAAUUCUUCAAAGGAAAACCUCUAGAUGUUGGUACCAUGUCAGAAAUUGCAAUCGAAGCUUUGAAGAUAAGAAAUGAGAUUCCAUUCUCCAUUCAAAAUUUGAAAACUGAGCUGAUAACACUUACGAAACCCGCAUGGCUCGAGACAAAUGUAACUAGAAAUGAAGAUGACGAAGGAUUCAAUGUCUCUGCAUAUAUAGACGGUCAACGAUUAUUCUCAUUGAAUGCAUCGUCGGUUGAAAUUCAAAAUAUCGAAGUUCCUGCUGUGGAAGUUCAAAUUCCAGAUAAAGUAGUCUAUUUGAAAGAAUGUCCGAAUGCAGUCAUUCGAAGACAUCGAAACAUGGUUUAUGUUGAUUCAAGAGCAGAACAGUCUCCAUUCCGCACGGCUAACAUAGUUCUAAACGAGAUUAUCGGAUUUGCUCCAACACCUUCUGACAUGUUUAUUGAAAUUCUCGGAGUACUUCCUUCAGUGCAUUACAUGGUUCAAGUGGAUGACGGAGCUCUGUGGCAAUUCCAGAUGAUUUCUCAAGAUAAGCGGGUCCUGUCCAAUAUCUACGUGCUCAAGGAUGCAAAGGGAUUGGAAAUUCCAACUAUCAGGAUGCACAAAAAAUCUACAUUGCUAUCUUCUCAAGAAGCCAGCAUUGUUGCAGCAAAAACUUUACAAAUGGCUGUCAGACACAAAGUUUGUCUUGCUGUCGGUGAUGUGAUAGAGUCUGGAUUAGACAUCGAUGAAAGUCAGUUGAGCACUGGAUUCUCGGAACUUGGAAUUGACUCCCUGGCAACAGUUGAUCUACUGAACAGACUCAAUCAAAAAUACUUCCCAGAGAUUGAGCUCACAACCAGCGAUUUGUUUGACAAUCCUAGCAUUAUUGACCUGUCUAUUAUGAUUGAGCAACUGUUAAACGAGAAAGGAAUCACAGAACCAUCUGAGCCGAACACGCCGAAGACAUCACUCCGUGGACGUAAACUGUCAAUCCCUGCAGUUCGAGCACAAGUGCUAGCUCAAAUUGAAUUUGUUGAAAAUUACAACUCAAAACAAAAAGAAGUACAAGCUGAAGCGCCAUCUAGUUCCUCGGAAUGUUCAAAUCACCUUGAAGAAUCUGACGCCACAGUUGACAGAACCGAGAUCCGACGAAAAGUUUCGUUAGCUGUUUUUGAUCUGGCCACUGAAACACUGUCUGCAGAAGAUUUACAGUCAAAAGGUUUCACUGAAUUGGGAAUGGACUCUCUGUCGAUUGUUGACUUUGUUAAUAGACUGAACGACAAAUACUUCCCGGACGAUGAAAUCACUGCAAGUGAUAUUUUCGAUUAUCCAACUGUCGAUGAACUUUCUGAUCAUAUUGUCAGAAAGAAAAGUUCAUCGGUACCACCAGCCGCUUCAGAGAUUAUGAAGGAGACCAUGAACGGAAUUUCGACGUCUGUUGAUGCAGAGCAUACCAAAUUGGAAAAUCUCAGUCAAUCGUUUAUGCUGCUGGAAAAUCAGAAUUCGAUUAACCCCACUCUUAAAAUGAUUUGGUCAAAUCAAACAAUCAAGCUCGUGAAACCAUCUGAUGGGAAUUUCUUAUUUGAGCUUAAUGCAAAUGGAGGACAAGAAAAGGAGAUUCAAAAACAUUUUACUGGACCUAACAAUAUCAUUAUUGAUCUGAAAGGUUUUCAUGAAGGAUCUACUGAAACUUUGUACAUGUCUUUGCUGAAUUUAGUCAAAUCCAUUUCCAAACUCGAAAUCCAAUGCCGAUUUGGUGUAUCUCAAGAAUUUGGCCUUGGAAAUUCGAUCAGCAGGGCAUUCAUGAAAACGGUGGCCGCUGAAAAAAAUCCGCUCAUCAGUUUUGCUUGGUAUCAAAAUGUGCAACAAGUCAGUUUUGUGGACUCGGAUUCUCCAAUCACCGGAAACUGGCUUAUCACCGGAGGACUCAGUGGGAUUGGUUUAGAAAUUGGAAAGUUCAUUGCAAAUAAUGGAGCUGAAAAUGUGAUCUUGAUUAGCAGAAGGCAGCCAACUGCCAAAGCACUCAGAGAGUUUGAACACUGGAAAUCCAAGGUUCACACGAUCGCAGCAGACAUCAAUGACAAAGAAAAACUAAUUCGGGAGCUGACAAAGUUGAACGUGGGAAUCACUGGAAUUAUUCACUCUGCUGGUGUUCUGAAAGAUUCCAAGAUUGAAAGACAAAACAAAGAAUCAUUCAAUCAAGUGUUUACGCCAAAAGCGAAUGGUUUCCAUGUACUAGAAGAAAUUGAGAAGCACUUCAAUUAUAAGAUUGAAAACUUCAUCAUGAUGUCAUCGUUUACUGCAGCCUGUGGAAACGAAGGUCAAUUAAACUAUGGCGUCUCAAAUGCCUACUUGGAGUACCAAGUUCAACGUCGAAGGCGGCAAGGAAAAUCUGGAUGUGCAAUUCAGUGGGGUAACUGGAUUGAUACCGGUAUGGCAACUGAUGAAAACGUUCGAAAAUUCCUUGCAAAUCUUGGCUUCUUGGGUCAACACAACAAAGAUGCACUGAAAUAUCUGAGAGCUUGUAUUCUCACAAAACCUGAGCUGAUUAUGGUGGCUAAUAUUGAUUGGAAUGUGAUAUUGAAAAACCGAAAGGACUUGCCGAAAGAUCUUAUCAACACCGGAAUUCUUCCUUUCGAAGAUUUCACAGGGAAGAUGAAUGAAAGUGAAUUUCCUUUAUCUAAUGGGGACUUUGAAAAAGUGUCAAUGAACUUUUCUGUAGAAGAUGAGGAAGAAGUUUUGGAACUCAUUAAAGAAAAGGUGUCCAGUAUUUUGAUGUGUUCUCCAACCAAGUUGAAGAACAACAAGAACAUAAUGGAUAUGGGAUUAGAUUCCAAACUUAUUGUCGAAUUUCUCAACUUUAUUAAUUCAACUUUCAAGAUAUCCGUGAACCUCUCUGAUGCAUACAAUCACCCAACUCUCGAAAAGUUAGCCGCCCAUAUAUUUGAGCAAAUGACAAUUGUCGACCAUCCUGUGAACAGUGUCAAAAGUGAAGAAAUUUUCAAAUCGACAGAUUUUUGCCCAAUUUUCGGAAUUAACAUUUUCUUUGAUAACAAGAAUGACUUUGACAAAGCGAAAUCAACUGCUGUAAAACUACUUGAAAAUGGAGAACAAUUGCCGACAGCUGGAAAGUAUGCAGUAUCAGUAGUGGGAAAGUCGAUUAGGGAUGUUGUCUCAAAAAUCAAAGAAGCUGCUCCACAACAAAUAAAGUUAUGCCAGGAAUCUUCCAAAUGUGUUUUGAUGCUCACCGGUCAAGGCUCACAAUAUCCAAUGAUGGGAAGACAGCUAGUCGAAAACUAUGAAAUAUUUAGAACAACUCUUCAAUCUUGCUUGAAGAAAUGCGAUGAGUAUUUGCAAGGCGAUGUCAGUUUAUGGGAGAUUUUAUUCAACACAGACCACUACAAAUUGCUACAACUGACAAAACAUAUGCAGCCGAUAAUGUUCUGCUUUGGUUAUGCAACUGCGCAAUUGUGGCUUUCCCUCGGAAUUGUUCCGGAUUACUAUCUUGGACACAGUGUUGGAGAGCUUGUUGCUGGGGUUCUUGCUGGAAUAAUGUCCAUUGAAGAUGGCCUUCGUCUUAUUGUGGAACGUGGAAAAGCGAUGGAAAACAUUGCUGGAUUAGGUGCUCUUCUUGCUGUUCAACGAGAAAUCGCUGACGAAGUGCUUCGAAAAUUCAAAGUCAGCGUGGCAACAAUCAAUAGUCCAAAGCAAGUUGUAUUCGCAGGGACAAAAUCUGUACUUGAUGCGGCAUUGGCAUUUGUAAAGGGGCAAGGCAAACAAGCGACAUAUGUCAACCAGCAGUACCCCUUCCACUCUAACCUUAUCCAAGAGACUCAUCUCGUGUCCCUUCGCCAAUGCUUAGCGGACAUUAAAUUUAGCGCAGGGAGGACGCCGUUGGUAAGCAAUGUCACUGGCCAGAUUAUAAACACGUUUUCCGAAGCCUACAUCGUCAAACACACUGUAUCGGCAGUCAAAUUUGUGGAUUGCGUGGAGACGCUACAAGCUAAAGGGGUAACGGUUUGGAUCGAUGCUGGUUCAGCAGCUGUUUUGGCCACGUUUGUUAAGAGGAUUAUUCAGCCGACAGAGCUUUCAAAGCAUCGAAUUGUUCAAACAUGCAAAGAAAAAGAAUCAGAUGUGGAUAAUCUUGUUCAAGCUUGCUUGGAACUUGAACAAUCUGGCUUGCCAAUUUCAUGGACAACUUUGUAUGGAUGUGGCAGAAAUGCUGACGAGCGUCUCGUGGAAUUCCCAAUGACUCAUAAUGAUAUCAUUAAAAAUGAUGAGUUUGAAUUAUUAGAAGGACAUCAGUUAAAUGGAAAAAUCGUUGUGGCCGGUGCAUACCAAUUAUUCAAAAUUGACCAGCUGGUGAAAUUGAAAGCUGCUGGAAUGGAAUUAAUGUUGAAAAAUGUGAAAUUCCUCAAGCCGUGGUACAUUGAAGACAAUAGGGAAUAUCAAAUACAAUGGAAUUCCGACAUGACAAUUGAACUUAUAGUGAACUCUGUUAUAGUCUGCUCGCUGGAAGUUGAACCGCAAAACAGUGUGCUCAAAUUGGAAACUAUAAGCGAAAAUGAAAAGCCAUUCGAGGUUCAUGACUUCUAUGAGACACUUUUCCGGAAUGGCUUGCAAUAUGAUAGCGGGUUCAGAAGAAUAGAAUCAGCACGUCGGUCAGACAAACGAUGUUUUUCACAAAUCAAAUCUUCUCCGUUUGCCUGGCCACUCAUCGAUUCUGCCAUGCACUCUAUCACAGCAAGCGUCGUACCUCGUCGCCCGGAUUGCUACUUUUUGCCAGUUGCAAUGGGUUCGGUAACUAUGAAGGACACUAAUAGCUUUACAUUGCCAAAUCUUCAUGCUCAAACUGUGAUAACUUCUGAAACGGACAAGUUCAUUCAAGUCAAUGUUGCUUUACUUGCCGGAGACACGCCCAUUUGUGAAGUGCGAAAUAUGACAAUUGUUGUUCUGAAAACCGAACCAGUGCAUACAAGAAUUCCGAAUUCUAUCGAAACAGUAGAAACACCGCCGAAAUCGGAAAUCGAAAUAGUAGGCUUUGAUAUUUCUCUUCCCUAUAACCAGAUAAGCGAAAAUAGUGAGAAUUGGCAGCAUCUGAAAACUAAUACCGUAAAGCAAAAGCUGCAUAAUCGUUCCUUAAAACAAGAUCAUGCUCGUGUGGCUUUGCUUGACUCUGAUGCUCGGUAUUGGGAUCCCGAAUAUUUUGGGAUUCGCCCGAGUGAAGCUAAGUUUAUUGACCCUCAACAACGCUUACUUCUCUGCAGUGUAGCUAAGCUAUUGGAUUCUCUAUUGAUAACUAGCUUGACUAGCAACACAGGAGUUUUUAUCGGAUGCUCAGCUAAUGAAUUUUCUCAUAUUGUAUAUGCUUAUGGCUAUAAAGAUCCAAGAGCAGAGUGGAGUGGUGGGACUUCAAAUUCUGCUCUGGCAGGCCGAAUAGCCCACUGGCUUAAAUUAAAAGGCCCAGUUGUUACUUUGGAUACUGCUUGCUCUUCGUCAUUUUAUGCUUUGUCGGCUGCUUGCGAUGCUUUGAGAACAGGUCAGUGCGAGUAUGCAAUCGUUGGGACCGUCAAUCUAGUUAUGCAUGAAAUGACAACAGAUGUUCUACAAAACGCAAAAAUGACUGUUGACGAUUUUUGCAAAGCUUUUGAUGUGGAUGCAAAUGGCUAUAAAAGGUCAGAAGCUGUAUGUUCUAUGCUUCUUACAAAAAGUCCUAACAUCGAUAGUGUAGCAACUAUUACAAAUUAUGCAACUGGUCAUAAUGGUACUAGUUCUUCUCUAUUUACACCAAACGGCUUAUCGCAGUUGGAAGUUAUGCAAAGAGCUACCAACCCAUUAGAAAAAAUUCUUGAAAUUCAAACUCAUUGCACUGGUACUAAGCUCGGUGAUCCAAUUGAGAUCAAUGCAAUUUCUAAACUUGUAAGCUCAGCUUGCAAAAUAGGUAGUGUUAAAUCCAAUAUUGGUCAUACAGAAGGCUCCAGUGGAUUGGUUUCACUUUGUUCUUCUUUAAUGAGUUUUCGCUCAAAGUAUCGUGUUGCCCAGCUUCAUCUUAAAUGCCCAACUAAUAGUAUCAAAACCAACAAAAUGAUAUGUAGAUUUAUUGGCGAAGAUGCUGAUGAAAAUAAUUCAAUUCUCAUCAACAAUUUUGGAUUCACUGGCUCAAAUUGCUCAGUUGUUCUGAAGCCGAAAAAUGCGAUUUCAGAACAUUUCGUGUCUUCAGAAGUUUUCUAUCCUAUACUUUUGUCAUCUCACUCUGCCAAGUCACUACAAAAGUACGUCCAAGUGCUUUGCGAGUUUAUCAGCAAUUCAGCUAAAUCCUUGCAUGAUAUAAUGAUGAGUUUGUUCCAAAAAAAGAUUCACGUGCAUCGACAGUUUAUAAUUUUCAAUUUCAAGCGAAAAAUUGCUGUCACGAGUCUAGAUGGAUUUGUUGAAGUCCGUGACGAGCGAUUGGAGAAACUGAAACACCCAUGUUCAGUUUUCUUAAAGGAAGGAGUGGUACACUUUGACAAGGACAAGUCUUUCCAAAGAGUUGAUUUGCCGUCAAUUGUUUUCAACAACACUUUACACUGGGCCUUGGAUUCUUAUCGCGAUGAAAUUGAUAGACACGAGUCUCAACAAAUGAGUUUCAAGAACAUCUUCUACGAAAAAGUUCUAUUAGAAACUCCGAUGCCUCAACAAAACCCCAUAUCAAAAGUGGUUUGUAUUGGAAGAUUGGAUCUUAUUCCGAAAAUUGAAAUCGACGAAGUGUCAUCUUUUGCUAACGGGAUAAUUGUGUUCCAUCCAAUUUCAAAUAGUAUUUUUGAGUAUUUGAAGCUCGCGAAGGUAUGGAGUCUGAUAAGUCGCAACCAAAAUGUUUUUAUAAUUAUUUGUUGCUUCGAAAAUGGUACCUCUCAUACAGAAUGGACUGGAACAUUGAGAUCCCUCGCUUCGGAAAAGAUGAUUCCUUAUAAAUUUGUGUCGAUUGACAAAGUUGAUGCUCUAAAACUAGAAUUCAACCACGAAUACAUGUUUGAAGCGAUAUUUUACUCAAAAAGGGGGAGGUAUGUGGAAAGACUACGAAAAGUCAAUCCAACUUUUAAAUUCGCUCCACAAUAUGAGAAAUGUUUGAUUUCUGGUGGAACUGGCGGCAUUGGAAGUGCAAUAAUUAAUGAACUAAAGCCAAAAAGUUCAGUGAUUAUAACUAGGAAAAAUAUUGCAAGUGAAGAUGGGAAAACAUUCCUGAGCUCCGAUAUUACAAGACUUGAUAUCUCGCACAAAUUCAAUUACGUAUUCCAUCUUGCCGGUAUUGUAAACAAUUCACUUCAUGAAAAUGUCAAAAGGGAUUCCCUAGAUGAGAUGGUUUCCAUAAAACUACAAGGGGCAAAAAAUCUUAUGAAAUGUUGUGAUGAAACCAGCCAUUUCGUUUUCUCCUCAUCAAUUGCAAAUGUUCUGGGCUCAUAUGGACAGUCGAAUUACGCAUUUUCAAAUGGAUUGGUAACUUCGUUUUUGGAAACUAGUUCAACAAAAUCUACAAUUAUUCAUUGGGGACCUUGGAAAGAUGUGGGAAUGUUGGCUCAGCCAGAGCGGCGAGAAAUUGUGAAACAGAUCGAGUCAAAUGGUUGGAAACUACUUCCAAAUCAAGACGCAAUUUCUGUAUUCUAUACUCAAUUCAUGGAAACUCACGAGCAAAUAAUUGUUUUUGAUGGUGAUUUUGAUACGAUUGUAGCUCGACAGCCUCACCUACAAAAACUUUUAUCUGAAGUUGUCGAGAAGACCAAAGUGAAGGAAGAGAUCAAAAAGAAAUCACUGAAUUUUGAGGAAAUAUUUUUUGAAAUUGUUGGAAUCACUGAUAUUUCUUCGAAAUUGAAUAUUCCUUUCAUGGAUUUGGGCAUUGACUCGUUGUGCAUGGAAAAUCUCAGAUAUUCUUUGAACAAAAACUUUGAUCUCGAGUUAACUGUUUCUGAAAUGUUUGAGAAUGCAACUUAUCAAAAAUUGCAAACUUACGUCGAAACAUUGAGAAAAGCGAAACAUUCCGAAAGUUUAUCACAUGAUAGAGUUUCUUCUCAAGUGUCAAAUAAAGAAGAUGACACCCGUGUAGCGGUAAUUGGUUGGAGCGCUGAGUUUUCCGGAUCCUCAAAUAUACAUGAAUAUUGGGAAAAUUUGAUGGAUGGUAUAUGCUCAACAGGAAACAAUAAAUACUUGUUGAAAAAUCCAUUUGGAUUUGAUAACAAAUUCUUCAAUCUUACUGAUGAGGACGCACGAGUUUUAGAUCCUCAGGUGAGAAAAUUCAUACAACACGCUUACCUUGCACUUGAAAACUCUGGAUAUGUUAAACAAAAACAUGAGCUUCGAUGUGGAGUGUUUGCUGGAGCCGAGCCAUCAGACUAUGGAAGAGCCGAUGACCAUGAUGAUGCAAUGAGAAAAUUGUUUGUGAUGAACAUGAAUAGUUAUCUGGCUAGUUAUGCAUCUUACUGUCUAGACUUGAAAGGUGAAGCUGUCUCAGUUUACAGUGCUUGCUCGACAGCACUUGUUGCAGUUGCAAAUGCAGUUAAAUCGAUUCAAAGCGGUUCUAUGGACUAUGCGUUGGUUGGAGCUGCAUCAAUUGCAGAAGUCUCCGGAGCUCUGAGUGGUUUUGAUGAUCAAAAGAAAACGAUGUUUUCAAAAUCUGGAGUUUGCCGACCAUUUGAUAAAGAUUCGGAAGGAAUUGUGAGAGGCUCUGGUGUUGGAUGUUUCGUUCUGAAAAGGUAUUCACAAGCAUUACUAGACAAUGACAACGUUCAUUUUGUGAUCAAAGAUUUUGCAAUAAAUAACGAUGGACAUUCUAGAGCUAGUUUCAUGGCACCAAACCCAGCUGGGCAGUUAAAAUGUAUGACUGAUGUUCUAGCCCGCUUCACAAACAAAGAAAAAGAAAGGAUUAGCUUUGUAGAAUGCCAUGCUACGGGCACAACACUCGGUGAUACAAUUGAGAUGAAUUCUCUUCGGACCGCUUAUUCGUUCAAAAACAAACUUGCAAUAGGAUCUUGUAAAGCUAACAUUGGGCAUGCUUAUGCCGCAUCAGGACUUGCUGCACUGGUCAAGUGUGCGAAGAUGUUGCAAACUGGAAUUAUCCCACCGCAAGUGAAUUUUUCAGAGUUCCGUGACGGUAUGGGUCAAUUUUUCACAGUAAACGGAAAAAAGUCUACCAUUUCACAAAACUCUCUGAUUUCAAUUGAUUCAUUUGGAAUUGGCGGAACAAAUGUGCACAUGGUAAUUGAAUUUCCUGCGAGAUCCCAAGAAGUUGUGAAAAUAUCAUCAGAAAAUCUCAUACUUUAUGAUAUGAUACCAAUUUCUGCAAAGACAGAGUAUUCCCUGGAUCAUACAAGUGAAGCAAUUAGCAAGUAUUUACAAACAGAUACUAACAAAAUUGCACAAUGUUCCUCAACGUUUAUUCACAGCCGGGUUCCAAUGGACAGUCGCACAUAUCUAUCUGUAAAUAAUAAUAAUGAGCUAUUAAAAAUAAGAACCAAUAAGAAAACUUGGUUCAAUGGGAAAUCUCCCAAAAUUGCAUUGUUCUUUGCACCGCAAGGAAUUCAAUUCACAAAUAUAUUACCGAAUGAAUAUUUGAAGAACUCAGCAUAUAGACGUGAAGUUGAAUACCUUUGCGAAUUGGCAAGUUCCUUCGGAAUACCGUCACUGGAGGGAAUAUUGUAUCCCACCAAAAAUUUUGACCAUUUGAUUCACGCAACUCAAUUUGCGCAAAUUGCGAUUUUCGUUCAAUGCAUGGCAAUUUUCAAGGCAAUCAAAAAUGUUUUUAAUCCAACGUGUUUAAUUGGGCACAGUGUUGGAGAAUAUGCUGCAGCAGUAAUUUCCGGAGCUUUGAAAACAGAGGAAGCAUUGAAACUUCUUAUCAAGCGAUCAGAACUGAUAGGUAAAACUGAGAAAGCUCGCAUGCUAAUGGUUUGGAAUUAUGAGAAGCAAUUGCCAAGUCAUGUACACGUAUCUGCAAUAAUUGACGCUAAUACAAAAUGUGUUGUUGGGCCAGUUGAAACGAUCGACAAUCUUGAAAAAUACUUUAUCAAUAAUCAUAUUAAAUAUCGAAACAUCGAGACCAAACACGGUUUUCAUUCAAAAAUGUUUCACUGUAUUUCGAAAGAAUUUGAGUUUUUCUGUGAAUCAUUUGCAACAAAAGUUCCUUUGAUCCCCAUGAUCUCGAGUAUUACUGGUUCAGAAAUCAAAAUUUUUGAUUCAAAAUAUUGCACCAUGCAUCUCACCAAUCCGGUGAAUCUGGAACUUGUCGUUGAUCACAUAAUGAAACUUGAUAUAGACAUUAUUGUGGAGGUUGGGCCUACUGGAGUUUUGUCAAAUCUUUUAGCAAAACGAAAUUCCAAGAUAGUUGUAGUUCCAACGUGUGGGACAAAGAAGCAUCCGAAGAUUUCACUAGGCGAGUGUAUUGGUCAGCUUUGGAGUAAUGGCGUGGACAUUCGAAAAUUGACACCAAAACUCGCCGUUGACGGACAAGUUCCAGGAUAUUGCUUCGAUGAGAGACAAUUUGGCGAGAAAAAUCAGAAGAUUUCACAAAAAUUAAAUAGAUUCAGUUAUUACAAAGAGAGCUGGAAGCCGGUGAGCAGUGAGCUUGAAGAGACUAAACCAGUUCGUUUUACAGUCUGCGAUGGAUCAUUAAAUGGCAUAUCUGAACCCGUUCUUGUGUAUCUGCUCAGAAAAUCCGAAGAUAUUCACAAAAAUUACUUCGAUGUAGAAUUAUUUUUGAAAUCAUCGCCGAGAUGUUCUACUGUAGUUUUUGUCGGAAUGGAUAAUUCCCCAAGCGUACAUUUAUCUCUGGGCCUGAUUCGGUGUUAUCAACUUGUUUCAAGAAUCGAUUUGAAAUAUGUGGAAAAUUUCGAAAACAUUGCCAUGUCCAUUGUGAUACAGAAGGUGUUAACAGCAAACGGUUUGUAUUUCCGUAUUGAUUCAACUGGUCUCUGUAAGCACGGGUUUCGCACAACUGAAAUUCCUUCCAGGUUACAUCCAGUUUCUCGUGGGCAUGCUUUGGUUUUUGGAGCCAAUGGUUUUAUUGGAUCAAUAGUUUUUCGAUUGCUACAGGAAAUGGGUAUGAAUGUUAUUCCGAUUUCUCGAGCUUCCAUUCCCUCUUGUGAUAUUACAAACAUUAAAGACGUCCAAAAUGUUUUUAAAUCGCUUGGUUUCAAGAAAUUUUCUGUAGUUAUAAACUGUGUUGGAGUUGAAACAUCUGCUAAAAUGAACAAAACCAGUUUGGAGCAGGAAAUUGUUUUAUCUCCAAAAACAUUUGGCAGCGUGAACAUUUUAAAAUGCUUAGAAGAAUUCUCUAUAGAAGUUGAUAAGUUGGUAAAUUUCUCAUCGUUGAGUUCGGUAGUUCCACUACUUGGAAAUUUUGAUUACGCAAGUGCAAAUUGUUUUGUCGAGGCUCUGACCAAGCAAGGCUCAAAAUACAUUAAACAAUUUUUGACUCUCUCGUUACCACCAUUAGAAGGAAGUCGGAUGUAUGAAAGUUCAACAAGCUCAACAAAACAUAAUCUAUCCCAAAUAUUGAUGUUUCAGGAAGAGCUGACAAAUGUGCUAAAAACUGCAUUUGAAAGUAAUAUGAACGGGAUAGUUUUUGUUUCAUCUGUAAACCCUGCAGAUAUUGCCACCAAAAGUAUAGCCUUCCACCGAACAGAUGAAAAUGGAAGUGAGGUGAAAGCAGUUGAAUCGCUGAAACUUCCAAAAUCAACAUCAUGUGAGUUUGUCAUCGCAGAAAUUUGGAAAGAAACGCUUGGCAUAUCGAUACUAAACGACGCCAAUCCGAAUUUCUUCUCCCUCGGUGGCGAUUCUUUGAGUGCACUUCAAGUUGUGUGGAAGGUUCAGAAAAAAACUGACAGAAUUGUGGAUGUUAAUGACCUUUUUGACAAUCCCACACUUCAAGAAUUCACAAAAUUUGUCAAAAACCUUACCACGGAGAAAUUUGCGGGAAACACUAAUGAUAAGAUCAGCUACGACGCGAUACCUUUGACUAAUUCCCAGACUCAGAUGUUCAUGUUGCGACAAAUCGACACAACUUCUAAAUAUAACUUGAUUUUCAAAAUAACAAUCAGUUACGAAACCAAAUUCGUUUGGGAAUUUUUGAAGUAUUCACUACAUUCCCUCAUUGCAUACCAGCCCAGCUAUCGAACCGUCUUUAAAAGUGGCAAUUCUCCCUAUCAAUACAUUUGCUCCCUAACGGAAAGUUUUCAUGACUUUGAUAAACGAUGCAAUUUGAACAAUGCAAUUUCUCACGAACCAAAUCACCUCUUCGAAAUUGGGAAAUCAACGCCAUUACGAGUACGAGUUGCGGAGGAUUGUGAUAACAGUCGAAUUCACAUCGUUUUCAAUCAACAUCAUAUUUUAACUGAUGGUUGGUCAAUGACUGUUCUUUCUGACACUGUUAGCAGUUUAUACGCUGCGUACAGAGGUGAGACUAGUUUCCCAUCUAAAACGAAGCAAACAAUUUCUCAAGUUGCAAUGGGUACAAAAUCAUCAGGUGACAUCAAAGAAGCUUUAGAAUACUAUCAAAACACAUACCAUACAAUAAUCCCAUACGAUAGUGAAACUGGAAACACUUCACCAAGUUAUGUUCGAAUCAGCAAACUGAUCCCAUCAAAAAUUUGGCAAAAACUAGUAGGAUUGUCUAAGCUUUACAAUACAACAAUGUAUAAUCUUGCAUUAUCAGUUUUCUGCGAUGCCGUCCGUUCCUUCACGGGCCAGGCUGAUAUAUUGCUGGCAUAUGCUAUUUCUGGAAGAAAUGCGGACAACUCCGAGCUUAUUGGAUAUUUCAUGAACAAUGCCCUUUUCAAGACCUCGUUACCUUUUGAGAUAUUACGCUUGGAAGAAAUUCUGAAUAUUGUAUUAAACUCAUUGGAAAAAAGUCGAUCGUUUGCUACGAUUCCAUUUUACCAAAUGGUUGAACAAAAUAGAAAAUUGAAUGAGAUAUCACUAUUUUUUAAUUUUCGUCAAAAACUUGACUACCCUACUGUCUCGAUGUUUGGCGCAAAAUGUGAAAUCGAACAUCUAUCUCUCAAUAAUGCGUUUGAUUUUUCAUUCACCAUCGAUGAAACUCCUACGGGCUCACUUAUUACUGUGGAUUUUGAUAAAUCGAAAUAUUUGGACACGACAGUUCACAUGUUUGCAAAUAUAUUUCUGAAGAAACUGAAUAAUUUAAGAAAUAUGAACACCACUAUACCAAUUCGAAGAACUGAUUUCCCUUCCACUCUUUUCCAAAAAGGCCUUUUUACCUCUUGGAGGUUAUUUACGGAACCUGCACUUUUGCUCUCUACAAACACCGUUUCGUAUUCUGACCUCGCGGAAAAAAUUGAAAACAUUUCGAAAGAUAUUCAAAAACAACUUCAAAUCGCCAAAGCAACAAGUGUUCGGGAAGAUGAGUUAGUCGGAUUGGAUUGCAAGAACUCCUAUUUUGCAUUACUUGCAUGUGUAUUUCUGGGGCUUCCGUAUGCUCCAAUUGAUCCGACGUGGCCUGAACCGCGGCAAUUAUUUGUCAAAUCAAAAGUUAGUUUUACACUUGAAAAUUGCUUCUCUUGUAAUUUGAAGCUAAGAAACUUUAAUUCAAGAACUCAAUUUGGAAGUAUUUACUCCAUAUUCACCAGUGGCUCAACAGGUGUCCCUAAAGGAGUUUUGAUGGCGGAACAGUCAGUUUCAUCAUUCAUGACAUCAGCCUCAAAACAAUGCAUGUUCCGAAGCAAUAUACGCGUUCUUGAUUCCGUGAAACAAGUGUUUGAUGUCAGCGUUUCAAACAUCAUUGGUUCAGUGCUCAAUGGUGGUGUUCUAAUUUCUUCGGAACACUCAACCACAAUAACUGACCAACUACAAAAGUGUCAAUACGCAUUUCUACCCGCCGCCGUGUUCAAUGGAUUUACCGACAAAACAAUGAGCAGACUUGAAAGUAUUGAAACAUUGACGAUCGGAGGGGAAACCGUAUCUGAUGUCGUUAUUGAAACUGCUAUGAAAAAAUUUCCGAGGCUAAGAACAAUUCAAAUCUAUGGACCCACAGAAACAUGUAUUUGGUCUCUCACAAAUAAGUGUAAAGUUUCUACUUUGAAUAUUGGUUCAGCACUCGGAGACUCACUGAGCAAUGAAACUUGCACAAUUUGUAAUAAUAGUGUUCGUGGUAAUGUUCAAGUGAAAGGCAUUUCACUCGCUCGUGGGUAUAUAACUUCAGCUCCACACGGAACACCGUUUUCAGAUAUUUAUUCUACUGGAGAUAUAGUAGAUUCUAAAUUGAAUAGUUUGCAAUACAUUGGAAGAAUGGAUAGUCAAGUGAAAUGUAAAGGCGUUCGCAUUAAUAUUUCUGAAAUUGAAAAAGAAUUGAUUUUAUGCUUGGGCUUGCUUCAAAUUGUCGUACUUUAUUCAAAUCAGAUGCUUAUUGCUUUUAUCGUUGAUCAGAAAUCGAAGCUUUUGCACGAUUCGCUUGUGAAAACUCUCAAAAAUCGGACACAAAUUCCUGAUUACUUCGUUCAAAUCAACAAGAUGCCACUGAAUUCAAGUGGGAAAGUUGACAAGUCACUUCUUUUGCAGGCGUUUGAAAACAUUAGAAAAUCAUACAAGCGAGAAAUUGUGGUCAUGAAGAAUUCUUUAGAAGAGAAGGUUAUCAAUGUCUUCUCGAAAAUCCUUGGAAGAAAUGUGGCGCCGACAGAUAAAUUUGAAAGUAUUGGUGGAAACUCCCUCAAUGCUAUUCAAAUUGCUCAUCGGUUGGCUGAAGAGCUCAAGAUUGAAAUAAAGGCUCAUGAAAUCCUGCAGUCAAAUAGUUUGAAAACUUUUUGCAACACUUUGAAAAAUUCAGUACAAAAGCCAAUUUCAAAAGUUCCAAACGUGAUAACUAAAUUGAGAGAGGUUCCAAAUUCCAAAUUUAAUAUUUACUUGGUACAUGCAAUUGGUGGAACAAUCUACCCGUAUUAUUCAUUCCUUCAAAUAUUCCCGAAAGACAUAUCCUUAUAUGGAAUUGAAUUUGAUCUGAAAUACCCGUCGAAUGACCUGCGUGAAUUGGCUCAUUUUUAUGCUGAAGAGAUUGCCGCACAUGCCGGAAACAAGAGAAUCUUCGUUAUGGGGCACUCGAUGGGUGGAAUAAUGAGUCGCGAAAUAGUGGCUGAGCUCAAAAUUUGGGGAUAUGACAUUCCCUUCGUAAUGCUCUUCGACUCUUGGGUGCUCAGAACAAACGAACUCGACAUUGAGAACAUAAAGCAAUUCAUCACAUACGUCUUCUCUGGACUACCGGAUAGUGAGCAUCGUAUUAAUAGAGCGAUCAAACUAGCCCAGCUUCUUCGAGAAUACAAAACCUCAGUCUCCGACACAAAAUUAUAUUUAUUCAAAAGCAAACAGCUUGGGGACGCCGCGUUCAAGAAAGCUGUUCGCUCUGAUUUGAACGAAGAACUUUCUCGAUCCAUGACAUGCAAUGGAUUUGAUGAACUGUCUCUGCAGCCAGUUGAAACUUAUUUGAUUGAUGGGGAUCACGAGUCAUGUCUUAAAGCUGAGAAUUUGAAGAAAGUGAAGGACUUAGUUCUUGCUCCGUUCCAGCCAUAUUUCGAGCAGGCUUAAUAAUAUAACGAAUUCUUUAUUUGAAUAAAAUGCAUCAUUC